AUGCCUCUGUUCAAUGUCACCUUGAAGAAGGACUCUCCUCACGAGGAGCUCAGCAAAGCCAAGGAGGAAGUCCAGAAGCAGGGUGGAACUAUCCAGCACGAGUACAGCCUUAUCAAGGGCUUCACUGUUGAAUACCCACCUGACCAUGUCAACAUCCUCGAGUCCUCCGACCACAUCCACGUCGAACGUGAUGGCGAAGUCAGGACCCAAUAA